ACGUUUUUGUAGACAAAAUCCGAUUUCGAUCUUUUAAAAGCGAUCAAUCAUCAUAGCCUCAGAUUACUGCGAGAGCGAUUAAAAUGUGUAUCAAGUAUACGUGUCCUGCGUAGGUUUAAUUCAAGAAUACACGAGGGACUAAUUUUGUUUUCGAUCAAGAAAAUAUUUAUUGGUCGACCAUCCAAGCACUUUCCCCGGUCAAACGUGGAUUUGCAAGAAUGGAGCAUACGAUCCGGGCUCGAUUCGCGCUCGAUUCAGUCGGAACGAGGUUACCGCGGACGAACUUAAUUCGCGGUGAGAAAGGUCGAGUUGAUCAGCGAUGGCAAAUAAUUAUUAAUAGCACCAGGCGGCGGCUGUACAAGGCGUCAUGGAAUUAAUUAUCGCGCGCGGCGUAACGACUGCGCGUCAUUAGGCAAUUCAGGAAUUUGUCGCCGUCGUCGUCUAUUCAACGCGACGAGCGCGUGCACCUGCAUAAGUGCGGACCGCGCAUUGGGAAAAAAAUGCACGCGCGCCUCGCCGGAGAUCGCGUGUUUCUCUACGCGAUGCCAAUUUCGCGCUUUCCCGGACAAUCGGAAACUAAUCUCGGAAAAUCGAUCGACGUAACGAUGAUAACGACACUUGCCGCACGGCACGCGCCGGUAUUUAAGCCUCCCUAGAUGGAGCACGAGAUUCUCUCGGCUUCGCGUGCAUCAUUAUGGAAAUCCGUUGACAAAUAUCUAACCGUUAGGGAAACUAGCGAGAAGCAAUCGAUCUCUCAUCGUCUGGAGACGACACUCUUUUCUCACGUGAAUAUGGGACGAUCGAGGAAGAUGUCAUCACACGCGGAAACGACGUACGACUAUUCAGGCGCGAUUCAAUGGAAAAGGACGGUAGCGCAUCCGCCUUUGAGGAGUCUCCGAAGGAUCCUCGUCGCAAGCGACCGCGAGUCAAUCGACCAAGAACGCCAAGGAAAAUUUUUACACGGUGUGCACGUCCUCGGACUGUCGCCCGUCGAGGGAAAAUGUCGAGGAAAAAGGGGGGAUCGUUGCGAUUACGCAACGCACGAUUUCCGAUUGUUGCAAACUGUUUCGUCGAGAUCGACGAGAAGAGGCGAAUAAAAUUAAUGUCUCGCGAUAUCGAGA